UGAUAUAUGAUCAUCAGAUGUCCAAAGUGAAUUGGGCCUAUUGGUCUGAGGUUUGUAAGAUCAUCGACUUUCCAAUAUAUGAUCAGCUCUUACCCAAAAAAAGAAAGGAGCUCUUACCUAUACCUAUAGCACGUUUGAUCCUGUCCCAAAAACGCCAUGUCGUUUGCUUCUUGCCCCGAAAUUAAACGGCGAAGCUUGGAGUGGAAACCCGAAAAUAGCCUCGCUUCAAGAAAUAGCUGAGGAGCCCGCCACUCCAAACACGGCGAUAAAUUCAAAAAUCCUCAACGGAAGCAAAGUCGCCGAGAGAGAUGCAGAGGAAUGAAAUGAACGAGAAGUCGGAGAGGAAGCCGCUCAGAAAUGUAACAAACAAACAUGGUUGGAGAUCCCUCAAAUCUGAGAACGUGAAGAUGGUAUGUCAGAAGCAAAAGGAAGAGACUGCUAAGGAGGAGAAAGAAGAUAACGACGUACUCGAUCGCAUUCUUCUGGUUCAGUCCGAUAUUUCAUCUAUUCUUCAUCAGAUUGAUGAGCUUGUUGCACAAGCAUUUAGACUCAAGACCACAAGCAGAGAGGGGAGAAAAGAGAUUGAAUCUUUCUCAUAUGUUUUGUCUGACAUGCUAUCAUCUUUAAAGCCGUGGGCGGCCAGAUUCCAGAGGGCACUGUCUCCAACCUCAGGAGAGUCUGAAUAUCAGCCUCAACAGGUUUUGGCUAAAAAACCAGUAUCUAACGAGGUUAGAGAUGAAAGUAAAGUCAGUGACAGUCCUGAGGAGACCAAGUUGAACUCUCUGGUCUCUCCGUCUCCACUCGUGUCCUGGCGGGCUAACUGUACAAUUGAAAGGGGUAGACAAAUGUUUAUGCUCACACCCCUUCCUAUAUCAAAAGCAUUAUCAUGCAAACGUCCGGAGCCAACUAAAUUGGGGUUCAAUAGAUUAUCUUCCUCUACUAAUGCUUUUGGGACAUCAACUCUCCUUGCCUUAUCCGGAGAUAUGCCUGACUGCUCGUUUGAUGCUGUUGUAGCGAAACCAACUCCCCUUAAACCUCCUGCUUCUGUUGCUAUUCAAGAAGCAAUUGCUCAAGAAAAUGGAUUUGUUUCUUCGCCGCUUUUUCGUAAAAGAGAAAGCUCCAUGCUUGUUAUGACUCCAUGUUUAAAAAUGUCACCCCCUAAAUCUUGUGUUUUACUUGAACCCAUAUCUGAAAUCUGUCAUCCAGGCAAAGACAAAGACAAGGUUCGCAAAUCCACUCCGUUUCCUGUUGGGAUUCAUUACAGCAAUUCAGAAACGUCUGAUUCUUCUGGUGGUGAUGCUUCACAAGGCCUGGCAUUGAAGUAUCUAGAGCUCCUGGGUAUACAACAGAUUUCUAAAUCUGGAGCUGGAAAGAAAACGAUAGAAGCAUCCCCAGAUUGGUUUAUGUCGCCUCCUAAAACUUGUGUUUUGCUGGAGCCAACCGACGAGAAGCCGUUUGAUUUGGAAAAGUCUGAUAAAGGUUUACAGAUCACUGAUGCUGUUACUAUCAAUCAAGAAACUAACAAAUUGAAAGACAAUGUUUUCGACGAGCAUAAUCAAACCAAAAAAUCUUGUAACGAAGAACAUUUUGGUGGCAAAGAGAGCACCAUGUGGCUUGAGCCUGAAAGCUCGUUUCGAACUGGGAAAUGCCCUGGUGAGAAUACACUGAAGAAGGAAUUGUGGACAAAAUUUGAAGCAGCAUCCACCAUCGGACUGCAGCGUAAAACCUCCGCAGUUAGCAAUACUACUAAAAAAGGGUUUCUCGAUCUUCUGGAAGAAGCCUCUUGUGACGAUUAAGCGCACUACAAAAAUCAAAAUAUCAGCAAGCAAAUAGGUUUUUCUCACUUGAAAAUUGAAAAUUUUUGCUGUACAAGGUUAUGUUGCAAGGUUUGGAGCAAAGAGGCCAAGUGCAUUGUGUCAUAAUACCCCACCUAGAAGAUAAUUUUGCAAGUCGGUUCCAGACACACGGUGAAGCUGUUUUGUUCAACUGGUUGUUGUUACUUCUCCAUUGAUGUCAGGAAUAAAGGAAUGAAAUUAUGGGAAGUGUUUGUUUGAUGCUGCAUCUGCGGAAUCAAAUCUUGUCUGUAUCAUUCUGCACUUAUCACAAAAAUAUGAGAUACAUUCAACAA